GUGGAGGCAGCGGCUUGAGAGGCGGCGGCGGCGACGAUUUGCAGCGGCAGGGCGGAGAUAGCUUCUGGCUUUGGAGAGACCCACAGGACACUUACAAAGAUGAGGAAACUGACAAUCUGAGAGCCCAAGAGGGUGAAUUUCGGGUGACCUAUGCUGAAGUUCCGGACCGUCCGAGGGGGCCUGCGGCUCCUGGGUAUCCGCCGGAGUUCCACUGCCCCCUCUCCAAAUGUGGGGCACCUGGAGUACAAGCCCAUCAAGAAAGUCAUGGUGGCCAACCGAGGUGAGAUUGCCAUCCGCGUGUUCCGGGCCUGCACAGAGCUGGGGAUCCGCACCGUGGCCAUCUACUCUGAGCAGGACACGGGCCAGAUGCACCGGCAGAAAGCUGAUGAAGCCUACCUCAUUGGCCGUGGCCUCGCACCUGUGCAGGCCUACCUGCACAUCCCAGACAUCAUCAAAGUGGCCAAGGAGAACGGGGUGGAUGCGGUGCACCCUGGCUAUGGGUUCCUCUCCGAGCGAGCAGACUUCGCCCAGGCCUGCCAUGAUGCUGGGGUCCGGUUCAUCGGGCCGAGCCCAGAAGUGGUUCGUAAGAUGGGAGACAAGGUGGAGGCCCGGGCCAUCGCCAUCGCUGCAGGUGUCCCCGUGGUCCCCGGCACUGACGCCCCCAUCACUUCCCUGCACGAGGCCCACGAGUUCUCCAACACCUAUGGCUUCCCCAUCAUCUUCAAGGCUGCCUAUGGGGGCGGGGGCCGCGGCAUGAGGGUCGUGCACAGCUACGAGGAGCUGGAGGAGAAUUACACGCGCGCCUACUCCGAGGCGCUGGCGGCGUUUGGCAACGGCGCACUGUUUGUGGAGAAGUUCAUCGAGAAGCCGCGGCACAUCGAGGUGCAGAUCUUGGGGGACCAGUAUGGGAACAUCCUGCACCUGUAUGAGCGGGACUGCUCCAUCCAGCGGCGGCACCAGAAGGUGGUGGAGAUCGCCCCUGCCGCACACCUGGACCCCCAGCUCCGCACGCGCCUCACCAGCGACUCCGUCAAGCUUGCAAAGCAGUUCCUCCUAAACCCUUGGCCUCACCGACCAGACAUGAGGCUGCUGCCUUUGCCCAGCAGCGUGGAUCUGGUCCACGCUCAGAUCCACGUGGCUGAGGGCAGGAGCCUGCCUGACCUGGGGCUGCGGCAGGAGAACAUCCGCAUCAACGGCUGUGCCAUCCAGUGUCGGGUGACCACGGAGGACCCUGCGCGCGGCUUCCAGCCGGACACCGGCCGCAUCGAGGUGUUCCGCAGCGGAGAGGGCAUGGGCAUCCGGCUGGACAACGCCUCUGCCUUCCAAGGGGCCGUCAUCUCCCCCCACUAUGACUCCCUGCUGGUCAAAGUCAUCGCCCAUGGCAAAGACCACCCCACAGCCGCCACCAAGAUGAGCAGAGCCCUGGCGGAGUUCCGGGUCCGAGGUGUGAAGACCAACAUCCCCUUCCUGCAGAACGUGCUCAACAACCAGCAGUUCCUCGCGGGUACUGUGGACACCCAGUUCAUCGACGAGAAUCCUGAGCUGUUCCAGCUGCGGCCUGCACAGAACCGGGCCCAGAAGCUGCUACACUACCUGGGACAUGUGAUGGUGAACGGCCCCGCCACGCCGAUCCCUGUCAAGGCCAGCCCCAGCCCCACAGACCCUGUGGUCCCAGCAGUGCCCAUAGGCCCACCCCCAGCGGGCUUCAGAGACAUCCUUCUGCGAGAGGGGCCUGAGGGCUUUGCUCGAGCCGUGCGGGGCCACCAGGGGCUGCUGCUCAUGGACACCACCUUCAGGGAUGCCCACCAGUCCCUGCUGGCCACUCGUGUGCGCACCCACGACCUCAAGAAAAUCGCACCCUAUGUUGCCCACAGCUUCAACAAGCUCUUCAGCAUAGAGAACUGGGGAGGAGCCACGUUCGACGUUGCCAUGCGCUUCCUGUACGAGUGUCCCUGGCGGCGUCUGCAGGAGCUCCGGGAGCUCAUCCCCAACAUCCCCUUCCAGAUGCUGCUCCGAGGGGCCAACGCGGUGGGCUACACCAACUACCCUGACAAUGUGGUCUUCAAGUUCUGCGAGGUGGCCAAAGAGAAUGGCAUGGAUGUCUUCCGGGUCUUUGACUCCCUCAACUACCUGCCCAACAUGCUGCUGGGCAUGGAGGCAGCGGGCAGCGCUGGGGGCGUGGUGGAAGCCGCCAUCUCAUACACGGGUGAUGUGGCCGACCCCAGCCGCACCAAAUACACGCUGCAGUACUACAUGGGCUUGGCCGAGGAGCUGGUGCGAGCCGGCACCCACAUCCUGUGCAUCAAGGACAUGGCAGGGCUGCUAAAGCCAGCGGCCUGCACCAUGCUGGUCGGGUCCCUGCGGGACCGCUUUCCUGACCUCCCGCUGCACAUCCACACCCAUGACACGUCGGGGGCAGGUGUGGCAGCCAUGCUGGCCUGCGCCCAGGCUGGGGCUGAUGUGGUAGACGUGGCAGCUGACUCCAUGUCCGGGAUGACGUCACAGCCCAGCAUGGGAGCCCUGGUGGCCUGUGCCAAAGGGACUUCCCUGGAUACAGAGGUGCCCCUGGAGCGCGUGUUCGACUACAGCGAGUACUGGGAAGGGGCCCGGGGGCUGUAUGCAGCCUUUGACUGCACAGCCACCAUGAAGUCCGGCAACUCAGACGUGUAUGAGAACGAGAUCCCAGGGGGCCAGUACACCAACCUCCACUUCCAGGCCCACAGCAUGGGGCUCGGCUCCAAGUUCAAGGAGGUCAAGAAGGCUUACGUGGAGGCCAACCAGAUGCUGGGUGACCUCAUCAAGGUGACACCUUCCUCCAAGAUCGUGGGGGACCUGGCCCAGUUCAUGGUGCAGAAUGGGCUGAGCCGGGCAGAGGCCGAAGCUCAGGCAGAAGAGCUGUCCUUCCCCCGCUCAGUGGUGGAGUUUCUCCAGGGCUACAUCGGGGUUCCCCACGGAGGGUUCCCUGAGCCCUUCCGCUCUAAGGUGCUGAAGGACCUGCGGAGGGUAGAGGGGCGGCCUGGGGCCUCCCUGCCCCCUCUGAACCUGCACACGCUGGAAAAGGAGCUGGUGGAGAAGCAUGGGGAGGAGGUUACCCCGGAGGAUGUGAUCUCGGCAGCCAUGUAUCCGGAUGUCUUUGCCCAGUUUAAGGACUUCACUGCCACCUUUGGCCCCUUAGAUAGCCUCAACACGCGCCUCUUCCUGCAGGGCCCCAAGAUUGCAGAGGAGUUCGAGGUGGAAUUGGAACGGGGCAAGACACUGCACAUCAAAGCCCUGGCCAUAAGUGACCUCAACAGGGCAGGCCAGAGGCAGGUCUUCUUCGAACUCAAUGGGCAACUGCGGUCCAUCCUGGUCAAGGACACCCAAGCCAUGAAGGAGAUGCACUUCCACCCCAAGGCUCUGAAGGACGUGAAGGGCCAAAUCGGGGCACCCAUGCCUGGAAAGGUGAUCGAUAUCAAGGUGGCAGCAGGGGACAAGGUAGCCAAGGGCCAGCCACUGUGUGUACUCAGCGCCAUGAAGAUGGAGACUGUGGUGACUUCGCCCGUGGAGGGCACGAUCCGCAAGGUCCACGUGACCAAGGACAUGACAUUGGAAGGGGAUGACCUCAUCCUGGAGAUUGAGUGAUCCUCCCCAGACUGACAGCCUGGCCAUCUCCACCCCAAGCCUUCAACAGAAGCUGCGCUGCUAGGGCAGGCCCAGGCCAGUGAGGGCCUAAGGGCAGGAAGGCCUGGAUCUGGAGGUCCUGUACUCCACAGGACAGCAGCCAUUCCCUUCAGCCAUUUGUCCUUUCCCCUGGCGGACAGACAUUCACAUUCUCAUCUCUUGCCAAAUAAGGGUCUUCUCAUGAAGACUGCAAGUGGAAGAGGAGGAGGGCUCGGGCCCUUGGGAGGUUUGGGGGACCCGCCUCCUGUGGGGGUGGGGAAGACCUAAAUCCAAGGUCUUGGAAACUUUGCUCAAUAAAACUGGCUUUCCCCUGCCCUCCACACUGGGUCCUGUGCUGCCCCCAGCCCAAAGGCCCAGGGGGCAGGGCUGCCUCUUAAUUCUU